GAAAUGCUCCGAUGCAUUAAAGGCUUUCUGCGGUCGCCUGUUGCUCUCCAACCAGAUGCUGCUGUUACGCGGGCAACGAAGCAGAUGGUGUUGGAUGUCCGUUUUUAGAGGAGUUUGUGAAGGAUCUUAUUCAAGAGUUGGAGGAGAGCAACCGGGUUGUUGGAAAGAAGGAGGCGCAUGAGCAUCAGAUCUUGGAGUUGAUGGGGGAAUGGAGCCGCGAGUACAGAAAGCUCGCGAGGGAGGUGGAGAGCCUCAAGUUGGCUAGGGAGGCAAGUCUUUUUGAGCAGGACCUUUCAAAUGACCUGGAGAGGAGGAUGUGUGAGGAGGCUGCGUCGAGCAAGAGGAAAGCUGAUGAUGGUUGGGAGGUUGACAGUGCUGUGGAAGUCACGUCGAACAUGACAUCCUCGACUUGUGUCGAAUUCAACGAAUCACCACCUCUAGCGCCAAGGCACCAGAGUUUCCGAAGAAGACCCACCACAGAGGGAGUUCGUUGGCCUUGA